AUCGAUCAAUUUUUUGUAUUAAUGAUACAGACUCACAUUGAUAAUGAGAAGCCGAAGCCCAUCAUUGGUCAGCCGUGGUCAGGUGCCCACCUUUCCAUCCAAUCACAUUCAAGGAAACCUGAAAGCUCAUCUGCAUCCACUACCACUAUUAAUACCAGCAGCGAAGUUCUCACUUCAAAUGCUCUUUACAGUAAUAAAUAUCACAGUCUCGGUGCUAAUAACUGUAAUGAUUACGUCACCUAUGCGAAUCCUGUUACCUCAACGGCUUCCCAUACGACGACGACCACCACUACAGUUACCGCAACUACUACAUCUGUUACUACUGCAACUACUGCUUCUUACCAAAAAGCCAAUCCCCAUGCCCCCAAGAACAACAAUUACGUAAGUAACACCACCACUACUACUACUUCUGCCGCUGUUGGCAGUCAUUCCAUUCCUAUCCCAGCCCGUUCUUCUUCUAGAACGUCGACGACUACUACACACGCCGCAUCUGCAACCACCACAGCCUCUGCUCCUCACAACAACGUCAACAAAUACGUCGGAAGUUUCAGCAGCAGCAGUAGCAGCAGCAACUACAGCAAUGUGAGACAGUCGCAUGUAAAAACUAGCACCUCUAUUACCACCACUACUAGCAGCAGCAGCAACAACAACAGUGGUAGUAGUAGCAGUAGUGUAAGUGGUGCCUACCACAGAAAGAACUUAAGUGACGUGCCAGCCAUGGUUGCAUCCGACAACAACGCCAAGAAUGAAGAGGCGAACAUCUUGGCUGGUAAAAAAAACGAACCUAAUGCUAAGCCUAUUCGACAGCACGUCACUGAUAAAGUUAAAGAGACCCCGGUUAUGAAUAACUCCUUGACUGUUAGUAACAAAGAAUCUAAAAUCAUGCCUAAUGCUUCAAUUAGCGUUAAGGAACCUCAGAUCAGGAAUGCAGUUGCUAAUGCUCCUGCAGUUAACAUCAAAGAACCUCAAGUUAGGAAUGCUGUGGCUACUACUGCUGCUUCAGUCAGUACUGCUGCUGCCAGAUCACCUAUCAAGUUGAAGAUCAGCGGUUCUUCAUUAUCAUUCUCCAACUCUCUGAAACCUCCUGCUGCCAGCAGUCACAACGAUCUGAACAGCAGUCUGCAGAGACAUCCCUCGGUGGCCACGAUAGCGUCGACGUUACCGCCGCCGCCACCACCACCACAGGCGUCCUCGUCGACAUUUACUGCCAACCAGUCCAGUCAAGAGAAGGAGCCCAUAAAAAUAAAGCUGAACCUGAAGGCAGUGAACCAAGUGGAGGAGAGGCGGCCACCAGAGGAGUCGAACGGCAUGAAAGUGGUCCUUAGCAAGAGCAAGGACGGAAGCUACAUUCAGCAGUCUCAACUGCAGAAUGCUGGCCAGAGUGCUAGACCAUCAGCGAAUUCCUACAUUAAUGAUCCUCUGCCUCCGGUUCUAUCGCUUCCUCCUCCUCCUGUUCAGCAGCAGCACCACGGUCAUCAUCACAAGAAGAGGAAAGCAGAGCAUAGCUCGUCGUCGUCCUCACACUCAUCUCAUCACAGAAAGCACUUGAAACUAGAUAAAACGUCGCAGGAACAAGAUUCCAACCAGCAACCAAUGCCUCAGCCGCAUCAUCAGCAGCAACAACAACGUCAUCAACCACAGCAGCCACAACCGCGUGUAAAUAUACAAAACAACUUCAAUGCUUACAUGUCUUCUCUUCCGUUCCGCAAAUGAUAGCAUUGAACUUUGUAAAUAUGUAAUUUUACGUUUGUUAACAUUCAUCUUCAUCCAUCUUAACUAAAUCUGGCAGAACUCUGUUGGGCGUCUUGAAACAUGAAGAGCCAACAUUUUUUGUCUUUUAUGUUGACUGUUAUAUAUGUAUGUAUAUAUAUGUAUGUAUGUAUGUAUGCAUAGAUGUACAACAGAUUUUUACGAUUUUUUAACAAUUCGAUUAAAAAGAAGUUCCUUCAA